AUGUCCGCUGAUUCUCAAGCCUCAAGCUCAAAGGGCGCCCCAGAGUUCUUCCAAAAUGCCCAGUUCCAGCGGUCUGACAUCAAUGCUGAAAGCCCAGUCACGUCUGCCGACUUGCUCAUGGCAGCGUACGAUCCCACAAAACUUCAUCCUCUGGCCGAAAUAGGGGAUAAAUUGGACUAUCUGCUUCUUGAUGACGAAAAGACGAACGAACUUCCCGGGUCUGGGACAGCGAUUCCAUCUCGAGGGUGGAGUGAUGACCUAUGUUAUGGGACUGGAACCAUGUAUCUCAGUGGUUUGGCCCUUGGCGGUAUUUGGGGUGUACGGGAAGGCGCUCGAAGACCACUUGCCGUGUCCAACGCAAGGUUACGGAUCAACAGCAUCCUGAACUCUGUCACGAGAAGAGGGACCUUCAUUGGUAACUCCGCAGGUGUUAUGGCGUUAAUGUACAACGGUAUCAACUCCUCGAUCGACGCCUUUAGAGGAAAGCACGAUACGGCCGGAAGUAUGACAGCUGGUGCGCUCACUGGUCUAUUAUUCAAGUCAACAUCUGGUGUCCGUCCCGCAAUUGUGUCUGCAAGCGUCGUAUCGGGCAUGGCUGGCAUCUGGAGUCUCGUCAAAAAGAGUGUCUAAUGCACUUUCUCGUACUUUACUCAUCCUAUAUCUGUAGUAAUCAUUUUAAUAACCCCCUCUUUCACCGGC